CGUGUAUAACGCUUUGAAAUACGUAUUUCAAAGAGUUUAUCCUUUGACGUGCGUCAUCAAAGAAUAAAGGAAACAACACAGUUUUCUGAUUAGACCUGCGGAGCAUAAACCAUUUUCCGGUCUGAUAACACAAACGUGGAGCCGUCGUCAAUUCCCUUGACAUCUUGAAGUGACCGUGUGCGAGUCCGCCACCAUGUCUGAGGACGGUGUGCAUCAGCAGCCCCACUCUGUUGGCUUCAUGGAGUUGCGCUGUGGUUCGGGCGACAACACAGCCUCCGUUGACCCGGUUUUGGAUAAAGCCAAUGAGUCCUCCGAGGAAGAAUUCUCAGCGGAAAUGGACGAGGAGACGAUCGGCCACAACAACGCAGUCAAGGUCCCCGCUGAAUACGCCUUGAACACACAAACAGUAAAUGCCCAGCGACCAGACUCCCUGUCGGUGAAAGCCACAUCAGCGCCGCAGUCCAACCUGUGGACGUGCCAGCGCGACGGCGAAGUCAAGCUUCGCAUCGAGGACUCCGGUCUUGCCGCCGAGACCCCUUUGACCAUACAUCAACUCUUUGCUUCGUCUGUGAAGAAUUUUGGCGAAUAUACCGCUUUGAGCUGGAAGGAGGGCGAGCAGAAGAAGACCCUGAACUACAUGGAGUACUACAAUACCUGCCGUAUAGCAGCUAAGAGCUUCCUUAAGCUUGGAUUACAACGUUUCCAUGGCGUCGGUAUCCUGGGCUUCAACUCUGUCGAGUGGUUCGUCGCUGACAUUGGCGCCAUUUUGGCAGGCGGCUUUGCUGUGGGUAUCUACACCACUAAUUCUCCAGAGGCGUGCCAGUAUGUGGCAGAGAACUGCAAGGCCAACGUUCUUGUAGUGGAGAACCACAAGCAGCUGCAGAAGAUCCUUCAGGUGCAAGACCAGCUGCCACACUUGAAAGCCAUCAUUCAGUACAAAGGUGCACUAAAAGAGAGAAGACCAAAUCUUUACACUUGGGCUGAGUUCAUGAAGCUGGGAUGCGACGAGCCUGACGGUCCGCUUGAUGACAUCAUCUCCAGCCAGAAGCCCAAUCAGUGCUGCACGCUCAUCUACACCUCAGGGACCACCGGGCAGCCCAAAGGAGUCAUGCUCAGCCACGACAACAUGACUUGGACUGCACUUUCCACCAGCCGCCACGUGAGCCUGACGGACGCCACGGAGUCCCAGGAAGUGGUGGUCAGCUACCUCCCGCUAAGCCACAUCGCAGCUCAGAUGGUGGACAUCUGGAUCAACAUGAGGGUCGGUGGGGUUACGCACUUUGCCGACCCGGACGCACUAAAGGGCUCUCUAGUGGACACCCUGAAGGAGGUGCGGCCCACGGCCUUCUUGGGCGUGCCACGUGUCUGGGAGAAGAUGCAAGAGAAGAUGAAGUCUGUCGGAGCCAAGUCCUCCGCUGUGCGGCGGAAAGUCGCCGCAUGGGCCAAAGAUGUGGGUCUGCAGACCAAUCUGAGCAAGAUGAAUCAAAGCAGUGCAGCAGAUCACACGCCGCUGAGCUACCAAAUAGCUAAGAAGCUAGUCUUCAAGAAGGUGCGCAAGGCACUGGGUCUGGACCGCUGCCACAGGUGCUACACAGGCGCCGCCCCCAUUACCAGAGACACUCUGGAGUUCUUCCUCAGCCUGGACAUUAAACUGUACGAGCUGUACGGCAUGAGCGAGAGCACCGGGCCUCACACCGUCUCCAUCCCAGAUGCUUUUUGGCUCACCAGCUGUGGCAAGGAGCUCCCGGGAUGCAAGACGAAGCUACACAACGCAGACAAAGACGGGAUCGGCGAAAUCUGCUUCUGGGGUCGCCACAUCUUCAUGGGUUACCUCAACAUGAUGGAUAAGACAGAGGAAGCUCUCGACGCGGAGGGAUGGCUGCACUCGGGCGAUCUCGGCAAACGUGACCAGAAUGGAUUCCUCUUCAUCACCGGGAGAAUUAAAGAGUUGAUCAUCACCGCGGGAGGAGAGAACAUCCCUCCUGUCCCCAUCGAGGAUGCGAUCAAGGAAGCUUUGCCGCUGAUAAGCAACGCCAUGCUGAUAGGAGACAAGAAGAAGUUUCUAUCCAUGCUGCUCACCGUGAAGUGCCAAGUGAACGCUGACACGGCCGCCCCGCUGGACGAGCUCACCCCAGAGGCCGUGGAGAUCUGCAAGAAACUGGGCAGUCAGGCCACGCGGGUCUCUGACAUCGCGGGCGGCCGCGAUCGCGCCAUCAACGCCGCCAUCCAGGAAGGGAUCAACCGCGUGAACGAGAAAGCUACCUCUAACGCUCAACGCAUCCAGAAGUGGCUUAUUCUGGAGGAAGACUUUUCCAUCGCUGGGGGGGAGCUGGGUCCCACCAUGAAGCUGAAACGACCAGCGGUAGCAGAAAAGUACAAAGUGCAGAUUGACAACUUUUACAAAGAAGUCACAUCUCCAACGACCCCCGACAACCCGCUGCCUCCAAAGUAAAAAAAAAAAAAAAAAAAAAAGCUUGCACGCCUUUUCUUCUUUGUUUCAUCUUCUUCAUCAUCGCCUUACUUGUUUUUUUUUUUUUUUUUUUUGCUUGUUCCGUCUUGGUUUACAUUUACGCAUAAGAGUUUUGUAAAUGAGCUUUAUCAUUUUCUGAAGAUGUUUUGAAUAAGCUGAAAUCUAUUUAUUUGUGUUACAUCCAUAAAGUAGCAGUGACUGUUUGGUAUCAUUCUUCUUCUUCUUCUUCUUCUUAUUAUUAUUAUUAUUAUUAUUAUUAUUAUUGCACUGUAAUACUUGACAAAAUAAAACAGAAUCCAAAAUGUAAUUUAUGGAAUAUGUGAACGAGGUUUUGAAUUUAUUUCCGGUGAAAUGCAAGCAGUCUACAUCACUUCUGUUGCCUUAGCAGGCCUGGAUUUACUUGCCCAUAGUUACAUGUAAAUAAAUUAAUCCUGCAAGAUGUCAUCUAAGCCAUAUAUGUGAAGCUUUUUGGCUAAUAUCUCUGUGCUGGAUUACUCCCUGUGCACACCAGCUGCAACCUCUUUAACGCUUGUGUGUGUGCAAACGUAUACAAAACUGUAUUGUAAAUACAGUUUUAUGUUAUUUCAAAUGUUAGAUUUUCAGUAGUAUGGUAAAUAUAUAAUUAAUGUUUUGAGCUUGCUUUACUAUUAUGAAUGCUUUCCAGAAGACGUGUCCUACUUGAAAUCAGAGAUGUUGGAAUCCAAAGAGCUGUAAUGUGUAGAUGAAGGUUUAAAAGGAGAAUAUUGUUGGCAUUUGUAGCACUCUUUUGAUUGUUAAUGGUGGUUUUUUUUGGCAGGGUCAGUGUGGUGUCAUUUCUUAUAUGAUUCUGUAUAUUAAAUGUAACUCUUGGGGUGUGUAAUUUUUUUUUUCUUCCUGUUAUGUCACAUAAGGAUGUUUAUGUGCCAGCGAAAUUUCACUUCCAUCUCUUUAAUGAAGGAGUGUGCUACUAAAAGUGCAAUUCAACCUGAAGCGUUAAGCUGUGAAGUUAAAUUGGAUUCACUGUUAGCACACAACUCGGCUCUCUACAAUAUCAAUGACCAGAUAUGUAAUAAAAAUUAAACGCCCAAA